AUGAAUGCCCUGUCAACAAUACAGAAUCAAGAGAGCCCGACCCAAGAAGAUACCACGAAUGAUCCUUUCGCCAAUCAUUUCCGGGUACUGAUCACAACUACGGAGACCACUUCUCGUGACAUCAAGACCUACCUUCUCGAACAUAAGGCUAGGCCUAAGAGACUCGUAAGACUCAUGGUUGCUACGAGCUCGACACGGGUAAAGCAAGAAGGCACUCUAAGCUUGAUGGAACAAAACGCUGAAAAGUCAAGUGUCCGAUUGUUCACCCUUACUGAGCACCUGGAGCGAUGGAUCAAAACUGCCGUGACAUAUUGCAAUGGUACCAUUGGUCUCGUCUGGAGUAACGCUCACAUUCUGCUUCCAUUACACAACAUCGUGAGAAGGCUGGAGUCAGCAAUGAGUAUGUCUGUCAUAAGUAUUCAGGUCCUAGAAUUCGAGAACCCCUUUAGUAUCACAAUGGCCCUUCCCUAUCAAAUGCGUGAUACCUGGGAGGGCCUGUGCCGACUGCUCGUCGUGAUGUUCUCCGACAAGCCUGGCAGGUUCCCUGUUGAGCAAAAACGGUUUGUGGUCAUGCACCCACAAAUAAAUAUGCCUAUUACUCAACAGAAUUGGUCAACUUCUGCGGUUCCCGGUGUCUCAUUCGAUAUGUUUAUCUUGGUGGAACGUCUUUGCAACCAGUCCGCAAAGUUCUUUUGUCCCAGAUGCGACCAUGUAUUUGACUUAACAACAUUUGUGUCUAAUGGUGGGUAUCAACUCGCCCUUGGUAGUCCGUCACAAUUUCACAUUGUAGUUGAUAGCCACUCUUGGCUUGAAAUGUCUCCUAUGGUCAAUUACUCUAGAUGGGGCAUCUCGUCUGAUUCUAGUAGUUUGACGGUUCUGGUCCCCCUCCUGAACCUGUACACUGGGACUCGUGGGAUGGACAGUGAAGAUCGAGAUCCAGAGACUCACAGGCGCUUCCGCGAUUGCAAAGCUCUGUGGACCUUUUCGCUUUUUGCCGUGUUCACGUCAUUCCAUUCGAGGGGAAUCUUUCGCGAUCUGUCGUCAGAAAUGGAAUUCAAUAUCGCAAUGCCAUUCUAA